CGGAAAGGCGAGAGACAUGCGGGGGUCCGGAGGGGAUCCGCCCCCCGGCCUGCUGCCCCUGGGGCUCCUCAUGGUCCUGGGCGCCGGGCCCGCCCUGGGAGAGGACUACGAGUACUACGGCUGGCAAGCUGACCCCCUCCAGGGGGUCGGGGGGCGCCCCUACUCCAAGCCCCCCCAGUGCCUCGACAUCCCCGCCGACCUGCCCCUCUGCCACUCGGUGGGCUACAAGCGCAUGAGGCUGCCCACCCUGCUGGACCACGAGAGCCUGGCCGAGGUGAAGCAGCAGGCCAGCAGCUGGGUGCCGCUGCUGGCCAAGCGGUGCCACUCGGACACGCAGGUGUUCCUCUGCUCCCUCUUCGCCCCCGUCUGCCUCGACCGGCCCAUCUACCCCUGCCGCUCCCUCUGCGAGGCUGUACGCGACGCCUGCUCCCCGCUCAUGGAGGCCUACGGCUUCCCCUGGCCGGACAUGCUGCACUGCCACAGAUUCCCCCUGGACAACGACCUCUGCAUCGCCCUGAGGCUCGGCCACGCCUCGCCCACCCACCCGCCGGUGACCAAGAUCUGCACCCAGUGUGAGAUGGAGCACAGCGCUGAUGGCCUCAUGGAGCAGAUGUGUUCCAGCGACUUUGUGGUCAAAAUGCGAAUCAAGGAGAUCAAGAGCGAGAAUGGCGACCGGAAGCUGAUCGGGGCCCAGAAGAAGAAGAAGCUGUUCAAGACGGGACCCCUGAAGCGCAAGGACACCAAGAAGCUGGUGCUCUACAUGAAGAAUGGGGACGGCUGCCCCUGCCCCCAGCUGGACGACCUGACCGGAAACUUCCUCAUCAUGGGUCGCAAGGUCCAGGGGCAGCUGCUGCUCAUGGCCGUCUAUCGCUGGGAGAAGAAGAACAAGGAGAUGAAGUUCGCCGUCAAAUUCAUGUUCUCUUACCCCUGCUCCCUCUACUAUCCCUUCUUCUAUGGGACCGCAGAGCAGCACUGAAGGGCAGCAGGAGCCUUGGGCACUCCCUCCUCCCAUCCGGGGCCUCCCCCACCUCCCCCAGUCCAGUCUCAAGGACGACAGCUGCCCCAACUAGCCAGCCCCAGCCAUGGCUCCCGCUCUACCCCAUGACGUCCUGCCCUGCCCUGUCCUGCCGUUCCCUGCAGAGCUUUUGGGCCAGAUGGAGGCUUCCUAUAGGGAAGUGGGUGCUGGUGGGUGGGAGUGAGAGGCCAGCAGGCAAACUAGGGAGAUGAGAUGGUGCCUUUCUGACCUUGAGGGUCAGGCGCUGAAUGGCCCACAUUAACCAAGGAUGAAGCUGAAAGGUACCGUGGGUAGCUUGGUGGGGGUGGCACCGGGGCUGGGGCUUCUUCCUCUUCCUCCCCUUCCCCUGCCUUCCCCUCCAGCAUUAUACUUAGGCUCCCAACAAGAGGCCAUAGAGAUGAACGGGAGGUGGGAGGAGUCCGGAUGAGCUGGGGAGGUGAAUCCAAGAUGGAGUCCCCCAUCCCCUAGAUGAGGGCACGAGGGGACCGCAGCGGCGAUGGGCUGAGCCACCCUGUGAGGCUUCAGUUCAAUUCUCCCUCCCAUGCCUCCUUCUGCCUUCUCUUGUCCCUCCACAGAAGGAGAGCCACAUUCAUCCAACAUGCUUGAUAGGAGGAAUGUCUUUCCCUGAUCCUCUUGCCCCCUCCUUUCAACCCCUUCACCUCCCCCAACAUCCCAGCCCCUACAAGCUCGCUGGUGGCUUCCAGGGGGAAGCCAGUCCUGGUGUCUGGGCCUGUGCUCCUUUCUCUAGUCUUCCUGCCUGAGAUCUACUGCCUCCACUUCCUCCACUGCCCUGUUCUCAAGGUAAAUUAUUGCUGAUGCUGGGUGGGCUUGAGAGGCUGGGAGGUUUGGUGUUUUUUACAUUUCUAAUUAAAACUGAGAAACCAA